AUGAAAAGAGGACGACCACCAAAUAAAGGUUUGAAGAAGUUGGGGAAUUUCUUUAAAAGGCACAAAGCUGAUGAAGAACAGGUUGCAAAAGAACUUGAACCUGAACCUGAACCUGAAGGACCUGAGGGGUCUGGUGUAUGUGUCUUAGAAGUUCAAUCUGAACAAAAUCUGAUGACUUCCAAUAAACCCAUUAGAUGUGCGAAGAUAAGGGCUCUGGAGAUAAUUUCAGAUGUAAGUGCUCAAAUAUGUCAGUCUAUGGUGGAAGAAAGGGUAAAUUAUUUUGAGCAAAUAAGAAUAUCAGAAGACAGCCAGGUUCGUGCCAUUCGCCUUGAGGAACAGCGACAAAGAGACGCCAACCGCAGGGCUGCCGAGGAGGAGGACAAACGAGCACGACGCCUCGAAGAACAGCGGCAAAGAGAUGUCAACCGCAGGGCUGCCGAGGAGGAGGACAAGCAAGCACGACGCCUGAAAGAACUGCGGCAAGCAGCCGCUAUCCGUAGAGCCGCCGAGGACGAAGACGAGCGUGUUCGACGUCUGAAAGAACUGCGGCAAGCAGCCGCUAUCCGCAGAGCCGCCGAGGACGAAGACGAGCGUGUUCGACGUCUGGAAGAACUGCGGCAAGCAGCCGCUAUACGCAGAGCCUCCGAGAACGAAGACGAGCGUGUUCGACGUCUUGAAGAACAGAGGCAAAUAGAUGCCAACCGCAGGGAUGCUGAAGUGGUUGACGAGCGUGCUCAACGCCUUCUAGAACAGCGUCGUCGUACAGCUGAAAUUCGACAGAAUUCUCAGCGUAGUCGACUUCCAACCUAUAAAGCCGCUGCAUCAAGUCUCGUAGAGUACAGCAAUUUGGGAAUGUAUGACAUUGCAUGUGUUCAUUGUGGUGCUGUUCAUUUUUUGAAAGAGAGAGUGCAGAACAGAAUUCACCCUAAUUCGUUUGGUGACUGUUGCCUUCAUGGUCGCAUUGAACAAGCUGCGCCAGAGUUUCCCAAUGAAUUGGCAUUGCUGUACACAAAACAACACAGACUAGCCAAACAGUUUCACGAUAAAAUUCGAAAUAUUUCUGCCUGUUUUGCUUUUUCUUCAUUCAAUGUUGCUGAUGACAGGACUUUCAAUAGUAAAGGUAUUUAUACAUUUACUGCUGGUGGACAAGUGUAUCACAAGUUAAAUUUGGCGGCUCAGCCAGUCAGCAACAGUGAGGGUGAUUUGGAAAGACCUAGAUAUGGCCAAAUGUACUUCAUUGACCCGGAAACAGCCGUUGCAGAACGUAUGAAUGAACCAAUGAAUCAAGGCAUCAAUCAAGAACUAAUACAGAUUUUAGAGGAGGUCAUGAGAAGUCAAAACCCAUUUUCACAGGCUUUUAUGAUGAUGAGAGAGAUAGUUGAGGAAAACAAUCAACGUGCUGCAGCUCUUGGUGUCCAACCACCCCAUGUCCACCUCCUGUUUGCUGAACGUGCAGGUGAUGAUCCCAGGCGAUUCAACUCACCAACUUAUAAUGAAGUUGCUGCUGUAAUUACAUUAAAUGCAGACCAAAGCAUCCCGGAAAAUGAGAUGGUUAUUAAGGAGCGAGGAAAACAGUUAAUAACGCUCAAGAACAUUGACAGCCGAGUAGAACCAUUCACCUACCCUCUCCUCUACCCAAAAGGAACUUUUGGGUUUACUGUAGGGCUUCCUCUUAAAACGCCUUAUGCAAGCCGUGCACACAUGACGAGGAUGGAGUUGGCUCAAUACAGGUUAGCCUUUCGUCCAGAACAAGCCAAGGCUCUUCCUCCUGAACCAUUGCUAGAGGGAUUAGAUCUAAGGUCGAUUGGAUUUAAUGCUCUCCACUUUGGUGGUAGACUGUUUCAACAGUACGUCGUGGACACAUACAUCCGUGUUGAACGUGAUCGUAUUCAGUGGAUCAAAUAUAACCAAAAGAAACUUCAAGCUGAUCAGUAUGCAGGAGUAACACAUUUUCUAAAUGAAUUGGCUGAAAAGAAAAAUGCUACAGUUGCUGAAAAACUGAUUUUACCAUCAUCUUUUCCCGGAUCAACGAGAUAUUUCACUGAACACUUUGAAGACGCUAUGGCAAUUGUCCGAAGGUUUGGCUCUCCAGACUUUUUUAUCACAAUAACGUGCAGUCCAACAUGGCCAGAAUUAAAAGAAGCUGCAUGUAUUGAGCUCUCUGAUGGUUCUAAACUACAACAGUUUGCCCAAGAAAGACCUGACAUUGUGGCUAGGGUAGCCAAAUUGAAAUUUGACAGCAUAGUUGAAGAUAUCAGUAAGAAACAGAUUUUUGGGAAGUCUUCUGCUUUUGUUUACACUAUAGAAUUCCAAAAACGAGGAUUACCCCACCUACAUCUUCUUGUCAUCAUGGCAAAUGAAGACAAACUCCGGUCUCCAGAGGAAGUAGACACUUUCAUUUCGGCAGAAAUUCCUAAUGAUGACCCAGUUCUAAGGGAGUUGGUCCUCAAAUGGAUGAUUCACAAUCCAUGUGGCGAAGUUAAUCCGUCUGCAUCAUGUAUGGAGAAUAAGGGUGGAUCAGCUAAAUGCCGCUUUGGAUUCCCCAAAGCUCAUCAAGAGUUUACGUCAAUUGUUGACAACAAAAAACCGAAUUAUAAGAGACAGUAUGACCCACAACUGGAUCCAAAUAACCCAGAAUUUUCUCACGUCCAUGCGGUGUACCGCAAAAACAGUGAUGGACAAAAAGUUACACGGGACAAUAGACAUGUUGCUCCAUACAAUGGCUAUUUACUGAAGAAAUACAUGUGUCACAUAAAUAUCGAGUAUGUUGGUAGUGUUAGAGCCGUUAAGUACCUCUAUAAAUACAUUUAUAAAGGACAUGACUGCGCAAAUGUAAAAAUUGUUGAAAAUGUGGCCCGAAUAAUGUAUAAUGAAGCAGAAACAUUUGUUGAGGCACGUUAUAUUUCGCCCCCUGAAGCAUGUUGGAGGCUGGCUGGAAAUGAAAUCCAAAGGAAAAGCCAUUCGGUGCAACGUUUGGACAUCCAUCUAGAAGGUCAGUACCGUGUGGGAAACAUGGAACAGACACAAGAAGAUGUAGCGGACACUGGCCUGAAAGGGUCCACCUUAGAGGCGUACUUUAAACACAACUCUAAACUUCACAUAGAAGAAGAGAAUGGGAAUGAAGUAAUCUACUACUUCUACUGGCAGAUGCCAGAAAAGUACAAAUGGUUAGGCAAAACAAGUGAAUGGGUGGUACGACAGCGAAGCUCAAAAACUAUUGGAAGGAUCCACACCGUGAACUUGGUGGCCCAACCUGAACUUUAUCACUUGAGAAUGCUCCUCUUUCAUACCAAAGAUGCCAAAAAAAACCCUAAACGUCUCUGGGAUAUGUUUAAGGACGAGUUGGCAGAAGAUUUUCUUAGAGAAGCAGAGAUUUCUGGAACCCCUCUAGAAGAUGCUUACAACAGAGCAUAUAGAAUCAUAGCUUACAAGCUAAAUACUGAAGCUACAGAAGGACGCAACUUCCGUUUUUGGGUAGAGAACUAUGGAAUGGAUGAUAUUAACGACUUCGAGAUGAAUGAGGAGGUUUUUAACGUAGGGCAAUCUCAUGAAAUUGGCCAUCGCCUCUACAACAACCUCAAUGAUAAACAGAAGGAAUUUGUUGAUGCUGUCAUCCAAACACUUGAUGAUGAGAGUUCAGGACCAAAAUGUUUCUUCCUUGAUGGACCUGGAGGUACAGGGAAAACAUUUGUCUACAAUACAUUGUACCACCUCUGCCGAAGUCGAAACAUCAUUGUUAAAUGCAUGGCAUUUACAGGCAUUGCAUCCAUACUUCUGCCAGAAGGACGCACAACCCACAAGACAUUUGGUCUUAAAGUUCCUUUGACUAAUGAUUCAAAAUCAUCAAUCAAACGUGGAUCUUCAAAAUUCAAGGAAUUGGAAGCAGUCAACAUGUUCAUGAUGGAUGAAGCACCAAUGCUUCCUAAAUACGGUCUUGACUGCAUGGACGAGCUCCUUCGUGAUCUAAGUGACAGGAACUCCCCAUUUGGCGGGAAAAUAAUGAUUUUAGGAGGAGAUUUUCGACAGUGUCUACCGGUCCAGCCAAGGGCAAAUCGUACCGAACUUCUAGACCUUUCCAUCAAGAAAAGUGUUCUCUGGAGGUACUUCAGGGUUUUCUCUCUGGAACAAAAUAUGAGAGUUGAUGCGGAAGAGGAGUGCUUUGCUAGGUACCUACUGAAACUUGGAAAUGGAGAGCUUGAUACCAACGCUGAUAGUGAAAUUGAACUCCCUAAUGACAUCAUCACUAAUACUAAUGACAUUGUUAACGAGAUCUAUGGAGAAUGUCUCUCCGACGGAAACUUUGAGGACAUGAAGGAUCGAGCAAUUCUUGCACCCCUAAACAAGGACGUCGACACAAUUAACAACACCGUUAUCAAUUUAAUUCCUGGAACCGAGACCAUUUAUAAAAGUUACGAUUCAAUUAAAGAUGAACCAGAAGGUGCCUUAAAGUUCCCCCCAGAAUUCCUAAACUCUAUCGAGAUUUCAGACCUACCACCACACCAGCUCAGACUAAAAAGUAAUACCAUUAUCAUGCUCCUUCGUAACCUUGACGUCUCAGAGGGUCUGUGCAAUGGCACUAGACUCAUAGUUACAGCACUCUGUCCUAACAUAAUAAAAGCCAAGAUCAUCACUGGUGAACACUCUGGCCGAGACGUGCACAUACCGAGAAUCACCCUUGAUUCAUGCAAGUCUCAGCUAUAG